ACUCUGAAGUCUGAACUCCACCUCCAGGCAGAAUGAGGCUCAGCUCGGCAGCUCUGCUCCUCCUGCUGGUCAGCAGCCUUCCUCCCACCCGCGGCAUUCUGGAGACCAAUUACACAGACUUGAAGUGUAAAUGUCUUCGAACAACAUCAGUCUUGAUCCCUCUAUCUUUCGUUGAACGGAUUGAAGUUAUACCUCCUGGGAAUGGUUGCCCAAACAAAGAAGUCAUAAUCUGGACAAAGAAUAAGUCAGCUAUAUGCUUAAGUCCUCAAGCCAAAUGGGUUCAAAAAGUAAUCAGGCGUUUAAGGAGCAAAAUGGUGUCUUCAACUCCCCCGGCUCCAGUGAGUAAGAAAAAGUCCUCAUGAUGCCAACAUGCCUUCCAGGAACACCUGCAUCACUCUUUAUCCCUACUCUGAAUUUUAGUUUGUUCUUGGUUGAAUCGUUUUCUAGACAACAGACUUCCCUGCGCAAACACACAUGACACUGUCCACAAAAAUAACCUUGUAGAGUCUGAGCAGCACCCUCAAGCUCCUUUGCAUACAGAAUCUACAUUCUUAUUCAUUGAGGAAAGGUUCUUUGAGGAUAGUUGUUUACUUACAAAUUACUUAGUUUUACUGUUUUUCUUUUAAAAUAUACCUCUUGUCUAAUGCUAAGCUGUCCUAAUAGACAUGGGAAUGAGAAUUUAAAUCUCAAAUCUGUAUCUAUAGAUUGAAUUAAUGAGAAAAUUAUGGAGUAUAUUUCCAUCAUUUCCAUAAGAAAUUCCAAAAGCUUAUUGGGAAAUUGAUUGGGGCCUAGUGUGACAAAAUGCAGAAAUCUCCACAUAGUAGAUAUUGUCUACUUAAAAGCUACUUCUGAGAAAAGUAGAGUCCUUCUUAUACUAUUAAAGAGUUCUUUUACAACUCCCAUUGUGUAAGAUUGAAAUCAGUAUAUUGAAAGCUCCUCAGAUUUAAAAUUCUGUUCAAGAACAUAUAAAGACAUCCUUUUACAUGUUGGCCUUGAUAAACAUCUUUCUUCACAUCUCUUACAAAAUACCAGUCUUUGGUAUCAAAACUUUAAUGCUUCCUACUAAUAUAAAUGUUAGUCAAUAAACUUGACCAAAUAUU